AGAAGUCAGAUCGCACACUGAAAAAAGCAAAAGCAAAAACAGAGCUAAAGAAGAAGAAGAAGAAGAAGAAAGUAGAGAGAGAGAGAGAGAGAGAGAUGGCUCGGUACGAUCGUGCAAUAACAGUGUUCUCACCGGACGGCCAUUUGUUCCAGGUGGAGUACGCCCUCGAAGCCGUCCGCAAAGGAAACGCCGCCGUCGGAGUCCGUGGCUUAGACGCCGUCGUUCUCGGCGUCGAAAAGAAAUCCACUCCCAAACUCCAAGACUCCAGAUCGGUUAAGAAGAUUGUGUCGUUGGAUAAUCACAUUGCGCUAGCAUGUGCUGGGUUGAAAGCGGAUGCUCGUGUUUUAAUAAAUCGGGCACGCAUUGAAUGUCAGAGCCAUAGGCUUACAGUUGAGGAUCCUGCAACCGUUGAAUAUAUAACACGUCACAUUGCAGGCCUGCAGCAGAAGUAUACACAAAGUGGCGGUGUAAGACCAUUUGGGCUUUCAACUUUGAUUGCAGGUUUUGACCCGUACACUGGCACACCAUCUCUUUAUCAGACAGAUCCAUCAGGAACAUUUCAGGCAUGGAAAGCCAAUGCGACGGGGAGAAACUCAAAUUCGAUGAGGGAGUUUUUGGAAAAGAAUUAUAAAGAAACUUCUGGACAAGAAACUGUCAAGUUGACAAUUCGUGCUUUGCUUGAAGUUGUUGAGAGCGGAGGGAAGAACAUAGAAAUUGCUGUGAUGACAAAAGAGCAUGGGCUGCACCAACUCGAGGAAGCUGAAAUUGAUGCCAUUGUUGCUGAAAUUGAAGCAGAAAAGGCGGCCGCAGAGGCUGCAAAGAAGGCCCCUGCAACAAAGGAAACCUAGUUCUGUUUUAUUAUCAUAUUUCAACUGCACUUUCUGAGUCAAUUAAUUUUUUGCCAUUGAACAUCACUGUUUCAUGCAACUUUAGCAUCCACACCGAGUUCAAUGAGGACGUACCUGAUUUCAAUA